AUGCCUGAGACUGAGAAGUUUCGCCUGUACAUUACCCUUCAACACAGGAACGAGCUUCCUGGAUACCAUUGGGCUCUUCUUCUUGCUCCGAAGUAUGAGACGAAUGACCCUCAGGACCCUCCUGAUUCCUGGCUAUUCCACGCUACCAACAGCAUCCAAGUUCCUCAAGGUGGUAUGAGCGCACUUCAGGCAGCGUAUGGUCCUGCCCCGUGGCGUAAGGAGACGAGGGCUGUCAGCAGCAUCAAGAGCGGGAACAUGAUAGGCAGAGUCCUCAUCGCCAAGUUAUCGUCCUCAACUCCUCUCCUGGUGCACACACAAUAUAUCGAUGAAGUCGUCAGCGCCGUUCCUAUUGUUCAGAACAACCCUAGGUGGACCUGCGCUGUUUGGGCUCUUCAGGCCUUACAACUUCUGAGAGAUCACGGUGGCUUCUUCUCGACUAUCCCAGACCCUUCUGGCGAAGGGUUUUAUCGAGCUAUCUAUGACUUUGGCGACACAGCAUUGAACGCCAUUCAGAACAGAACCAAACCCAUCAAGCGUGCUACUGAUUUUCCGUGCGUGGACAUGCGCGUGCGGUAA